AUGGCUCGUAUCAAAUAUACUGGGCCACUAUCAACGGUCCAGUUACAACGAGCCCCAGUUCAAAACAAGACGCAAGCCGAAUUCGAUGAGGUAUCCCGGUUGAAAUUGCAAGAAUGCCUUGCUGUAAGACAGCAGCAAAGCAUGGAGAUAGUACGAAUCAUGCUACAUGUAUCUUUCGGAACGUUGUUUUAUCUUCGGGAGUUCUUGCCGCUCGGGAGCUUCGAUGAUCGUGACCUGAAACAAACACAACGAGAGCAGAAAUAUUCGUAUGAGGAAUUUAUCAACGGAAGAACACGCACAGAAAGCCCCGAGGAGAGUCAGGACCUUGGAUUCGGUAAAGGAAAGAGAGGCCAGCCUCUGAAAAUCAUCCUUCGCAAUUCAGACCCCAAGGCGGAUAUGAUUCUCGAUCUGUUGGAACACGGAGUCUUUGACGCGCUCAGCAAGAACUACCUCGAAGCCAUCCAAUUGACUGUUCUUAUCGACAAGGAUGAGCCACAAAACGUAUUGGAGACAUACACCUUUUCGUUCAAAUACACAGGGGCACGUGGUGAUGUGAACAGCCGCUUGGAAAGCUUAUCCCUGGAUCCCGUAGGUUGCGUCGCCGAUAUGAAGUCUGCGCAGACAGCCCGAACUGGAUUGGAGAUGAUAGUCAGACGCCUUAUUACAUUGAGUGCUUUCCUCCCAACCCUGCCAAACAAGCGCAAUCUAGGGAUCCACCUGUUUUAUACUGAAGACUGCCCGCCUGAGUACGAGCCUCCCGGAUUCGCCAAAUCGACGCACGAUACUUUCAAAUACCCCUUCAACGAGAAUUGGCAGAGGGAAACUCAGUCCUGUGGUACAAUGAAUAGUGGAUGCCAUGCCGUUGGUCUUAACGUGACCUCGCUGAAGUGGACUGGACCGGAUUCCGAAGGCUCGGAAGUCCUGCCUAGAAUUCCUCCUCAAAUCGAGUAUAAUGAUAAGGUGCAGCGAGCAGCUGACAUUGGGCUUGCGAACGAAGAAACUCCCAGCAUCAUGUUGAGUCGGAAUGAAAGCUUCCUGGAAGCGACUCAAGACAUUGCAGAAAGACAAAAACUGCAGAUGAUGAUCCCUACUCAGGUGUCAUCUUACCCAGACAGCGAUCUCGUUCCCACACAACCAAUCUGUACAGUCUCUGCAACCGAUAUUGGAGGAGUAGAUACGGAUCACAAUAUGCGCCUUUCGCAGAAGAAGACGCACCAAAUUGAAGAAUUCUCACGAAUGCAGAUUCCGGGGCUUGCGAAAGGAACAGAGAACCUGGCCAUUGGGUUGGUCAAGUGUCAAUGUGGCUGGGAUGGCGAAGAGCCUGAAAUGAUUACAUGUUCAUUCUGCCGCACGCGUCAGCAUUUGCUUUGCUAUGGUUUUGAGAGCCCCAAAGAUUCUAGGAUUCUUGAUUCCCAUGCAUGCUAUCAGUGUCUCCUCGAACCAGACGAAACCCAGUUGCUGCGUGAAAUGCAUACCCUCGUUCUCCUGAGGCGAGCGUUGAAGAUCAUCCUGGAUGAGGGCUUUCCCAGCAAGACGUCCAUGUUCACACAAAAGCUUCACUGCAAUGGACAGACGGUCGUUCAGAUCACCGACCUCCUACGUAAGCACAAAUUUCUCCAACCGACUCCUGGCUCCAAGAGCAAAGGAUUCCUGCAGAAAGGAUUGCCCAAGUUCAUCGUGGCUAGCGCCGAGGAUACUCGGAAGAGGAUGCAACGCGAGAUUCUGCACCCAUUUGCGAAGAUCUAUCAUCAUGUAAGACCGGCAUCUUCUGGUCGUGCGUAUGGCCAGGAACCACAAUCAUCGAACACUGGGGGUAACAAGAGCCCAGGCCACAAAAGAAGACGCACACAGGUGGAGAGCCAUGGCCAAGUGGAACGUCAGGAUGUCCUUCGACCGACUACCAGUCUAGGAAACCGAAGCGACAAAUUUGGCAGGGGCAUGAUGACCAGUGACCGGAUUCGUUCCCAACCUCAAACGCCCUCUAGUCGACACCAAUCGGAUGAGAACCUUCUGCGACGCAGUAGCCGAAAGAGGCGCAAGAUCAGCAAUUACAGCCGAUUGAUUGAUGUUGGAGCAGCUAGCAGUGGUGAUGAGAGCAAUUGA